AUGAUAAAGAUUACUGAGAUGGCAGAGCAGACUGCCGAAAUUAAGAGAUUAAAAAAAUCUGAAGAACAACUUGAAGAUUUGAAAAAAAAAGUUGUUGAAAUUAUGUUAGAAUACUACGAACCACGGCAUUAUGGAACAGCCGAGGAGAUUGUGAAUAACGAUAAUAGUCGAACUAAGGAAUUGGUAGCAGAAAUAAAGACUAAUGAACAAAUUAAAGAAGUCAUCUCUUUAAUCAUUGAUUCUUGA